UACGGCAUGCACCUGCACUCAUCAGUUCACCCAAGUUCACAUCUCAAACUAAGUUAGCCUGUCCAGAGCCCAACCCAUUCUUACUCAACCCCCGAAGGUUGUUAAUCUUCACUAACCAUGUCAAGGGAGGCACUUGCCAUAGGACAUGUUGUUGGGGACAUUUUGGACCCAUUUGUCAAAGCAGCAUCACUUAAGGUUAUGUACAACGGCAAGGAACUAACCAAUGGUUCUGAGCUCAAGCCGUCACAAGUAGCAACUGAACCAAGGAUUGACAUUGCUGGGCGCGACAUGAGGAACCUUUACACUCUGGUGAUGGUGGAUCCUGACUCGCCAAGUCCAAGCAACCCAACAAAAAGAGAAUACCUUCACUGGUUGGUGACAGACAUCCCAGAAUCAACGAAUGCCAGUUACGGAAAUGAAGUCGUCAGUUAUGAAAGCCCAAAACCAACUGCAGGAAUACAUCGCUUUGCUUUUGUACUCUUCCGCCAAUCUGUCCGGCAAACAAUAUAUGCACCAGGAUGGAGACCAAAUUUCAAUACAAGAGACUUCUCCGCACUUUAUGCUCUUGGACCCCCUGUGGCAGCAGUGUUCUUCAAUUGCCAAAGGGAGAACGGAUGUGGAGGCAGGCGAUACAUUAGAUAAAUAUGGAAGCAUUAUUACCCAUCCUCUACAGGCAGGAUGUUUAACUAAAAUGUGAGAACAUAAACAAGGUCCACAUCGCAAAGCAAUAGUAAAUGCUGGACCGUUUCAUGUAUCUUAGUUAAAAAUUUACAUUGCCAUGUAUGCAAGCACUAGGGUGCUUUCAGAAUGAAUUUAACUACAGUCAUGCAAGUACUAUACAGGGUGCUUUCGGAGU